AUGGCCUCGAAUGGAUCAGCGACGUCGUCACACGACAACAUCUCAUUCCCUGUGAAUCGCCCCGCACAGCAGGGUCAGUGGACUCCAGAGCUUGACGCCAGCGUGCGCGCGCGGGAGACUUCGAACGUGCAGGUCAAAGCUGCCAACUAUGUCCCGGCAGAGUUCUUUCCCACUGGAAAGCGUUCACUCGCAGGCAUUGGGCUUCGUGCCUUUAUCUUGGGCAACGCUGCGAUGGUUGGUUUCCUUCUUGCAGCACAGCUUGCAUACCAUGGCAGCCACCUUUGGCGGCCGUUUCUCUUCCUCGGUGCCCUCUCUGUCUUUCACUUCCUCGAGUUCUACACUACAGCCGCGUACAACACACCGAGCGCUUCCGUAGCAUCGUAUCUCCUCACGAAUGGCAGCCAGUACCGAAUUGCGCACACAACGGCCUUCGUCGAGACCUUGAUCACGUCUUACUUCUUUUCUGAGUGGCAGUCGAAGAUUCAUUCGCCGUUGGUUAUACUGUUGGGCGUUGCCAUGGUGUUGGUGGGACAGGUGGUCAGGAGCAUUGCCAUGGCGCAAGCGGGCACAAACUUCAACCACACGGUUCAGUCGAGCAAGAACGAGGGCCAUGAGCUUGUCACGGGUGGGUUGUAUGCCUACCUCCGCCAUCCAUCGUACUUUGGCUUCUUCUGGUGGGGCAUUGGCACCCAAGUCAUGCUUGGGAACACUUUAUGCACUCUGGCCUAUGCUGGAGUCUUGUGGUACUUCUUCAAGACAAGAAUCAACCACGAAGAGAAACACCUUAUCCAAUUCUUCGGCGACGAUUACAAGGCAUAUCGAGUGCGCACACGUGUUUGGAUACCUUUUAUAUAA